GGGAGGGCCCAGGCCGAGGCUCAGGCUCAGGCUGCCGACUGAGGUGCGGGGGUCGCGGUACCUGUUUGGGCUCGGCGGCCGCCGGCGGCGGCGGGGGCACCGCCUGCACGGGUCCGGCCGGCAUGACUGCGACGCUCAGGGCUGCCAGUCCGCCUGGUUGAAGGUGAGCGGUGCUCCGUCAAAGCAGCUACCAGGACGGAAGAAACAAUAAGCUCGCAAGAUGGCGGCGACCGAGAGACUCGUAGCUCCGGAGGGGAGGCUGACGCGCUUCCGGGACCGCCCCUUCUUUUGCGACGCAACUUCCUGUCCCUUUCCUAGCGCUGCCUGCGGGAUGCCGUUGCCAUGGCAGCGGUCGGAGCUCCAAGCUAGGAUUUGUGGACGAUCCCAGGAGCAGCAGGCGCGCCUGGGACAGUUCCAUGAGCCGACCGGACACAGGGGCUGAGGCUACAACGCAAGAAACUGGGGAGACGUCCUACAUCACCGGCCGGACACUCUCCGCCCUCUCCCCACGACCCUGGGGCCCCCCUUCUUUACUCCAAAGGGAUCCAGGCAAUUAGCAAUCCUGACUCAGAGGCUGACAACUGGAGUAUAUAGGUGUUUUUAGAAUUUCCAAGGUGUUUUCCUGGUGCUGACCUUGAAUCUCUGCAGGGACACUGGCCAGGAGGAGCCACAACAAUGGCGCACCUGCUGGGCAGCCAGUCCUGCAUGGACAGCCUGCGCAAGGACCUUACCGACCUGCAGGGUGCCAUUGUGGAUGUGUUCUCUCGCGCUGGGCCUGUGCGCUUCCCUUCCUGGAAGUUCCCUGACCGUGUGGCUUGCGACCUGGACAUGGUGGCCCUGCUAGAGCACUAUGACCAUGUGCCAGGUGACCCUGAGUUCACGCGGCUGUCCCAUGCUGUUCUGCUGGAGCUGGUCAUCGACAGGCUCCUGCUGCUGCUUCAGAGCUGUACCAGCUACUUGGAGAACCUUGGUUCAGAGCAAAAGGUGCCCUCCACCCAGGACGUGAGGCCUUGCAUGUCUGUGGGGCUCACAGUGCGGUGCUUCUGGAAUAGUCUACUGAGGCUGGGCAUGCUCUACCAGCAGGCAGCCUCCCAGAAAAGGGAAAACCAAGGGGAGACCCUCACCUCCAAGCCCACAGCCAAGGGCGAGCCAGCCAGGAGCCCUGAAUUUGUGACUGCCAAGUUCAUCAAGCCCCCCUCCCCAGUACCAGGCUUGCUCCAGACCUGCCAGGAGCCAGACAGCCUCCCCGCCAGAGUAUCCCUGCAAUGCCCAGCCAGGAACGUCAAGAACAGUAGGAGUGUCCACUCCCAGACUGUGGAGACGGCCCUGGUGCCCUGUGAUGCAUGCACCAGCGUCCAGGGCAGCCUGCGGGAAGUAGGCAAGGUGGUCAUCAGCCUGUGUCAGAGCCAGAACUUGCCCUCGUCCUUAGGCCAGUUCCAGCAGCUGGUGCAGGACAGCAUGGGGCUCAGGCCGUUGCCUGCCACCACCAUGGGCCACUGGGCGGCAGAGCAGAGCAAAGACCUGACGCGCCUCAGUAAGCAUGUGGGGGCCCUCACUCAGCUUGUUGGGCCCCUUAGGGCCCAGCUGGAGGAGGCUGAGAGGCAGAAGGAUGGACUGAGGAAGCAGGUGGGCGAGCUGGAGCAGGCACUGCAGCAGGAGCAAGGGGAGCGGCAGCGACAGGCGGAUAAGGCCGCACAGCACCUGGUGGAGCGGGAGCGUGACAAGCAGCAACUGCUCACAGAAACAAGUGACCUCAAGAUGAAAGUGGCCACCCUGGAGGGGAAGCUGAAGCAGCAACAGGAGUCCAUGCAGGCUGUGGAGACCAAGGCCCGGCAGCUUCAAGAGGAGGCCGAGCACAGGGCAGAGGCCGAGCGGCAGGUGCACCAGCUGGAGGAGCAGGUGCAGCUCCUGGCAGGGCGGCUGGAUGGGGCCAGCCAGCAGAUCCGCUGGGCCAGCACAGAGCUGGACAAGGAGAAGGCCCGAGUUGACAGCAUGGUCCGCCACCAGGAGUCCCUGCAGUCCAAACAGCAAGCCCUGCUGCAGCAGCUGGACAGCCUGGACCAGGAGCGUGAGGAGUUGCGAGGCAGACUGGACGAGGCCGAGGCCCAGCGGGUCCACAUGGAGGAGCAGCUGCAGAAUGUACAGAGCGAGAGGAAGCAGGGGCAGAGCCAGCUCCUGGCCCAGCAGGAGCUACUGCAGAGCCUGCAAUGGGAAAAGCAAGGCCUGGAGCAGGCCACGACGGAUCUGCAGCUGACCAUAUCAGAGAUGGAACGGGAGCUCGUGGAGCUGAGGGAGCGGGAGCGGCUGCUGGUCACCUUCCCAGACCUGCACACACCCAUCGAGGCCCAGAUCCCAAGUACCAGAGAACUUGUCCCCACAGGCUCCAGCAAUGUGACAGAAGACAUGGAGAAGCAGGUGCAGGCCAACGACAUCCGCAUCCAAGUCCUGCAGGAGGAGAACGGGCGGCUCCAGUCUAUGCUGUCCAAAAUCCGGGAGGUAGCCCAGCAGGGAGGCCUCAAGCUGAUCCCACAGGACCAGCUCUGGGCCUCUCCCAGCAAGAACAUCCAUGGAGCAGCGCCCCCAGCCCAGGCCCAGAACGCAUCUCCAGGGCCCCUGGGCAAGAAGCAUCUGCCUAGCAGCAGGACAGCCAGUGCUGGCAGGACCCCACCGUGCCGGCUCCGGGCAUCCCCACCUCAGCAGCCCUGCAGCCGGCCGAGCAAGCCCUCCUUGGAGGACAUGACCCACUCGACCAACUGUGCUCAGAACCCCAUCCGGGCCUUGGCCAGGCUGAGGAGAAGACUGUCACCAGGCCAAGGCCAGGCCAGCCCUGCAUAUCAGUCCCAGGAGCGGCCCAUGUAGCUUGCUGUGGGGUGGGGCUAGAGGGCAGGUGUCUGGCAACCCACUCAAAUGUAAUAAAGCCCUGGCCAUCUGCCCACAGCAACCCUGA